AUGUCUUCUUCUAACGCCAGCCAGCAGAGAGAUAGAAUAUCUACACAGCAAUACCAAUGUGAUCAAUGUGUCUUGUUUUUUGAUAACUACCAGAAGCUGCAAAACCACAAGAGAAUUCACAGAGGAGAUUCAGCAACAAUGACUGAAAUUGACCAGUCUAUUCUGGAUGAUGUUGACAUGUACCAUGACGAAAAUGAUACUAGUAAUGAAGAUGAAUCUGUUAGCAAUUCAGAAUAUACUAUGGAGUCUAUGGAGCUUGAUAAUACUAUUUCAUAUAAGUGCGCAUAUAAUUUUGAGGACAGUGAGGGUGAAGCUCACAUUUACGACAGCAGCCGAAUCAGUACAAAUACUUUUACCAAGGCCGAGUUGAUGAGUAUUCAUCUGUCUCAAUUGAUGCUACAGCAUAGAAUUGCUAGAGCAGCAUAUAGAGACAUUGUUCAAUUUAUAAACACUGUCAUCCGAGACCAUGAUGAUAUAAUGAUGGAACCUGGGGCUAAGAUCAGUCAUGGCAAAACUGUUGAUGCUUUGCUCAAGUCAAAGUUAAGUGUCAAGGGCCAUGAGUAUGAUGUCUGCUCUAGUGGUUGUCGAUUGUAUGGCAUUAAUGACGACCAGGAAUCUUGUGUUGACUGCGGCAAACCGCGAUACAAGACUGAUCCCGAUCAAAGUCAGACACCAGCCGCCAGUAUGAAACUUAUAUAUACCAACAAAUACCUUUUGCAACUGGCAAUCUUGCCUGGCCCCAAGAAGCCAACUCAUUUGGACUCCUUUCUUAUACCCAUCAUCAAUGAAUUGCAAGAUCUUGAGGCACAUGGCUUGGUUGUCAAGCACAAUAGAGUGGAGCUUUGCAGAUCCAAGGUCUAUCUUCUGCUUGCUUCUGGCGAUAUUCCAGCUGUAGCUGAUAUGGCCCACAUUGGUUCCCAUACAAGUUUAUUUGGUUGCCGUUUUUGUGAGACCAAAGGCAAAUGCCCUACUAACAGACGGCAUGGCAUGUACUUUGAUGACAUUUCCGCCCGGUUAAGACCUUUGGAAGACUUCAAAGUAGGCAACCCUUCGAAGAACAUAUACCAGCUGAGCAUAUAUACCCAACUCUCAACCUUCUCUGGAUCAUCAUUUUUUGCAUUAGAUGAACUUCAUUUAAUUGCAAGAGGGAUUGGAAAGCUUGUGUAUGACCUGAUUAUCGUCACCCUCACAAAGGAAACCAAAUUUUACUAUACCCAUCCAGACAAUACCCUCAAUACCACUGAAUACCCUUUUCAUAUACCAAGAGCAGACCUUGUAACAAUCGGAAACUGUAUCACCAGCUCACAAAAAUAUAUACCCACCUCAUUUCAAGGCAGUUUCGACAACGUAUUUGCCAAGAUUGAUGGUACUCGCGCAGUGAACUGGCUUGACUUUCUCUUAUUCCUUGUCCCCACUUUGGUCGUGCCUUAUUUACCAAAUAGGGCUGUUAAAACAGCUCUAUUAUCUCUCGUGAAAGGUUGCGCGCUUGCCUUGCAAUGGACAUUGACAUCAGAAUUGCUUGAUGAGAUGGAGUCAUACUUCAAGCACUGGCACUCGUUUUUAUACCAACAAGUCCAGAAUAAUACCCUGUCUCGUAGUGUUUUCCGACCAGUGCAACAUUACCUGGUCCAUAUACCCUAUAUCAUCAAGCAGCAAGGCCCCCUGCGAUGCUACUCCACUCGCUCAAUGGAGAGAGUAAUUGGCGUCUUCUCGAAAUUGAUUAAGUCCAAAUCAAAGGGUAGCCGAAAUGCCAGUUUUCUCGUCGAGCGAUUUGCGAUUCACAAUUAUAUCAGCACGGCAAUCAGCAUCUGUGAUGAAAUCAACCUCAUUCGGCCAAAGCCAUAUGGAAGAGAGAGCUACAUGGACCUUCCUAAUGAUCCUAGUGGUGCGCAGUUGUGGGAGCCAUUUCAUCAGUUUGUUAAUUUGAACGAUGAUUCGGUGGAAGGUGUAGGCAGCCCUAGUGUGAAGGAAGCUUUAUUGAAAUACUACCAGAGAACAACAGGCUUGACUGGCCACGAGUUUGGUGACUCUGUUGUUGUUGUAGCUGCACGUCUGUGGAUGGACUCGACUGUAUAUUCCUCAUGCAUGUACCGAAGAAAGAAAAACGAGACCAGCCGUGGCAACCAUUACGUGAUGUUUACUUGCCCCUAUAGAAACAACUGUAAUUACAGUUCUACUUUCAGCAUGUAG